GAAGGGAAUCACAGCCAGAGAAUGAAUAGUUAAUGUUGCAGUCAGCCUCUGUAUUUAGUUUUCUUGUGAACCAGCAGUACUUAAACGAGUCUGUUCAGAGAAUUUGGACCUGUGUUUUAUGAGUGUUGAGAGCAAGGAAAGUCAAAUCAGUUUAGAUGUGUGGAGAAUGGAGUAAACAGAUUUGGACUCAUCACAAAAGCUCCUGUAGUCCUGCAUGUAAGCUGCCUAAGUACCUGUGUUGUGAGGAUUUAGUGUUUAUGGUCAUUAAAAGGCAUCUUUCGGGGCAGGAAUCAAGGAAAGUUCAAUAAACCUGGCUGAAAUUUUCAUAGUCCCAUAUGGGUGAGAGCAGUGCAGCCACAGCUCACGGGAUUUGAGCUCAUUUGAAUCUAAAAGGGACCAAAAGGAAGAAUUUUGAAGGCUGUGGAACCCUAAUGACGCUGGAUAAGACACUGCUCAGAAGAAUCCAGGGGUCAACUGACUGAACUUGUGUAACAGCCCAGGCAGUUGCAUCAGAAGGAAACAGACACAGUGAAGUGCAAACAGUUCACAGGGUUAAAAACCUCACCUGACUCUCAGUGAGGUUGAAACAUCCACAUACACAAUGCCUCGUGAUGUUUUCAGUCGACUACUACUCCUUCUGCUGUUCCCAUCUGAGUUUGGGGCAUCCCACGCCUGCUUGCAGGACCCUGCUUCAGCCUACAGAUUCACUGGGAUUGUGUGUCGUCUCACCUACCCUGCAGCCGUUGUGUUGAACCAGAAAACCACUAAAGUGAUUGAGGCAGCGUUCCAACAUGCCAGAUACCCUAGUGUGAAGGGAGAGAAAUCCCUGCUCUUUGUAGGCAAAGUCAAAUAUGGACUGGACAAUCUGGAGAUUCACAACCUGUCCAUUGGUCGGAGCGAGUUUGAACUGCAUCCAGGUGAAGGCAUCGGCUUGGAAAUCAACAAUGUGUCUGCAGUCUUCAGAGGGACUAUCCAGUAUGGAUACGGCAGCUGGCUUGUCAACCUUGCACAUUCACUUGACUUUGAAAUUGAGUCCCAGAUUGAUCUUGGAAUCAACCCCAAACUUUACUGUGGAAAAGGGAAGGUAGCAGCAGACACAUCAGACUGUUAUCUGAAGUUUCACAAGCUCAGUCUGCAUCUGCAGGGUGACAAAGAACCAAACUGGCUGAAAAAGCUCUUCACUGAUUUCAUCACCUUCACUGUAAAAAUGGCUGUAAAGGGACAGAUUUGUAAGGAGAUCAACAAGUUGGCAAACAUACUGGCUGACUUCAUACAAGACACAGCAGAGCAUUUCCUCACUGACGGAGACAUCAGUGUGGAUAUCGGUAUAACUGCUGCCCCUGUCAUCACUGCUAACUACAUAGAAUCUUACCACAAGGGGCUGACCAACUACAACAACACUUUGGCUGUCAUCAGUGACUCUCUUUUCCAGCCCAGGGACCUGACUGAAAACAGAAUGCUCUACUUUUGGUUGUCAGACCAGGUCUUAAACCCACUGGUUACAGCUGCCCACCAAGAUGGCCGUUUCCAACUCAACAUCUCAGGAGCAGAGCUCACUGAACUUUUCCAGACAGAUUUCCCCACCGCAAUGCCUGAAUUUAUUAGAAAAUGUCUGCUGGAAUCGGGCUCUCCAGAGCUACACAUUUGGAGUUCAUCUGUUCCCUACCUAAACACCUCCACAUGGGGUACAACAGUCUGGGCGAUGGCCUCUGGGAAGCUUCACUGUGGAAGUCAAGGCACACCAACGCUCUUUUUUGAAACGGCGGUGGUUGUGGAUGUCACAGCUUCCUAUGCUAACAAGAAAGUCUUCCUGCAGGGUAACCCAACAGAGAUCUUUGUAAAGCAAGCUGAGCUGCCCUCACAAAAUGCGAUGCUGGAUGAGACACAUCAGGAGUUUAUAAGAGAGGCUGUGGAGAAGAUAGGCGUUCCCAAAGCCCUGUCUGUGCUCGAGACUGAGAUAACCAGGCUGCUGAACAAACAGGGAGUUCACUUAUUUGACAUCUUUAACCCGAAAGUGCAUCCUCGAGACGGCUUUGUGGUGAUUGAGAUGGAUUUUGGUUUCCCUCAUCACCUCCUGGUUGAGUUCCUCAGGAAGACACUACAGUGACUGUGCUACCCUGAAACAUGUUGGACCUCAUUUUGGCUUGCCAUAUAGUGUUGUUCAUAUAGAAAGCUACUGCUGUGAUUGUUAACAUGUAAUAUUAGUGCUGUACAAAACCAGUAGUAGAACAUUUUCCUUUCGAUCAUUUUAAGGUAAUUUGACAAGUAUUUUGUGUAGAUAAAAGGACUUGCUCACCUCGUUUUGUAAAUCUUAGAUAACAUUGGUGUGGAUGGGUUGUCACUAAUGUCCUCAUGUCCACUAGUGAUUCCACUGACUGUGAUGAGUGAAAGACACCCCAUUUGGAAGGUGUUAACUUUUAAAUUUGUAAAAUGUUUGACAUAAACUCUUCACUAAUUGCUUGUUAGAUGUAAAAAUAGCCCAAGCCAAGCAGUUUUAUAUUUAUACUAUACAUUUUGCUUAAUUGUCACAUUACCAGAUUUUUUUCUUCAUCUUUAUAACACAAAUGGUGCUAGUGACUACAGCUGUUUUUUGUUUGUUUUUCUUUGUCUGAGUAUUUCAAACCAAAUUUUGGUUUUGGAUGUUGCCACAUAUGUUUAAAUUCUAAAUGAUGUGGGACUUUGGCGUAUUACAUUUGAUUGGAUUCGAUUUAAAGAUCUGAAGGUAAGGCUGUUAAAUGUAAAUUAAAUGCAACUUAAUGUGCAAAGCAAUCUUUUAAUUGGUUUGUAAAUUGUAAAAAGCAACAAUUAACACUGUACAAUUCCCAAUCAAGUGUUUCUGUAAGUUGUAGACAACAUAAAAGUGCAAAGUAAAUAUUUAAUAGAUAUACAUGAAGUAGGUGGGUAUGUACACCACAUGCAUAUAUAGAUGUCUGUAUAGUAGACACAGUGUGUGGAAUUUCUAUUUGACAGUGACAGGUAAACAAUUUGUUUUAGGCUGGAAAUACACAGUAUAAUUAACAAUGUGUAGGUAAUGUUUGAUAAUGUGUAACAUAAAUUGGAACAUGUUGGGUCCAGGA